CCGAUGACGGUUGGCCGACUUGUCAAGGGAGUGGACCACGAAAUGAGGCCUAAAACAGUAUUCCUGUUUCUUGCUGAAGAACUCCUGGUUUACAUUCUAAGUUUCCUUUCUUGCAGAGAUAUUCUUCGUUGCACAUCAGAUCUGUAUGUAAGACCUUUCGGCAGGCGUACAUGUCCUCCUCUGAGCUCCAGUACAUCGUCGAACUCAGCGGCCAACGCUUGCUCCCUGUCUCUAAUUUGGACGAUCACACCCCUAUUUCCGAGCGCUUACAACGCUUGAGGGAUCAAGCCCACGCAUGGUUCAAGUUUAACGCCUAUUCCUUCCAAACAGUUAUCUCACCAGCAUUCCGUUUUCCUGAGUCAAAAUACGUCUCUGGUGAAUAUCUCUACUUGUGGAACCACUCUAGUGACUUGGUCACCAUCAGCCCAAUACCAUCUAAACUCUCACAACAGGACAAUCGAGCACGACUGGCAGCGAAGCGUGAUGUAUUGAUGGACCCAGCACAAAAUCUGUUCGUCAUCGUGUACGACGUUAACAACACUACCAACAUUUACUUAGCGACUUUGGAUGAUGGUCGUGUUCACCCUCACGCUGCUGGACCGGCGUUGGUUCUUGGGCUGCCCGAAUAUCUGCCCGGAUAUUCAACGCGCGCGAAGCUCAAGUGUUAUGGGAGGCAUAUUGCUUUGCGGCGCCGCUACUCUUACAUCAAUAUAGCUGGGACGUCGACUGUGCAGUGGCAGCUGCAAAUUUGGGACUGGCAGCACUCGACGACAUCCAGCAGCAUCCUGUGCGGUAUACUAUACGAACCAUUCUUCGACGAAGCUGGUUUUAAUUUUCUCGGAAACGACAGGUUGCUCGUUGCCUCCGAUGAUCUGAAGCUGUAUUCAUUUGAGGAUAUGUCCAAGACACCACAAUUACUGGCGUGUUUCCUGUUGCCUUUCCCAAUGUUGGACAUAUUGUUCAUCUCUUCGGUUGAGCAUAGCUAUAGCUCACAGCCGCAGACACAAGCCCAGUACACCGAAGACCCUGAACAUAGAUUGCUAUGCCUUCGCUCGGUGACCGAUAAACGAAUGAUCUUCUUCAUCUCCACGAAGAUUUUCUUCGAUGUCGACGAAACGACGGCAAUAACGCCAAUACCGUGGAAUGAUUGGGGCCCUGCACAUGUUCGCGUUUUGAAGCACAAAAAUCAUGCAUUCAACGUUCACGUCCGCGGGAAUCGAGUUUUGCUGGUGUCCAGGAUGAUGUUAGAGGCGCAUGAAUAUGAGUUGCGUAUGAUGGACUUUAGCCCGCUGGCCGUGGCGAAUAGGCGGGGUCUAGGACGAGUGGUGAAAGAGCGAACUACGAUAGUCCAAAGUGGCCCCGAUUCCGAGUGGCACUGA